GCGGCUCCAUUUUCAGGUCUGGGCGAGGUCCUCAUUCUGGAGGACCCUGCCUUUGGUUUUUCUUCUGUUCCGUCUGAGAAAUUGUUACAUGAUCAGUUCAAAAUGCACGGCCGGCGGGCUGCUGGGGAAGCCAACCGCCCGCCUGAUGUAAAAUGGAAAUGAAGAACCCCCCUCCCCCCGACUUUCCAGGUCUAGAAGUCGGGAGGGUGGCGCGAGGGACCCGCAGUGAGGGUCGGGGGUCCUCCAGGUGAAGGUUUCGCAGCGGUGGGGACCCAUCUUCGGCUCAGGAGCCCACACUUGCCCCAGGCACUCGGCGCGUUAGUUCGCGGAUCUCUCUGCGGUUCUUCCGGGGCCCCCGGAGAGAAACCCUGGCCACCUCCUCGGAAGAGCUCCUGCUACUCUUACAGGGCCAGUUGUGAGUGUGUGGAUUUCUGAGUGAAACCUUGAACCCAAAUGAGAAGAAGCCUUCAAGGAACAACUUCUACUGAGAGUGAGUCUGCAGAGUCAUCUGUGUGCAUAAUAUGGAAUGUUCUCAGCUCAGAGAUAGCUGAAUAAGUGACUUCAUUGCCAAGGAGUGACUACCAGUUAUAGGUCCUGGGUCAAGACACCAAUUUUUAUGCCUUCCUGGUGGUUCAGAAACAAGUCUGUGUAGAACCAGAAGCACAGAAAGGAGAACAGUGUUUUUCUUUAUUAAAUUGACUGCAUAAGAUACUUGACUUCCGGGAACAAUAACACAGCAAAGUAAUAAAAUUAUUAUUUUGACGUCAUUGGACAUUCAUCCAUCAUAUUGAGGAACGUACUUUGUGGCGCUUCCUGAGUUGAGAUUUGGAGUUUUCAUUGGUGCUCAUUUAUACCUGGGACUAUAAGCAUGAGUGAAUUCUGGUUGUGUUUCAACUGCUGUAUUGCAGAACAGCCUCAGCCCAAAAGGCGACGGCGGAUUGACCGAAGUAUGAUUGGAGAGCCAACAAACUUUGUACACACGGCUCAUGUAGGAUCAGGAGACCUGUUUAGCGGAAUGAACUCAGUUAGCUCCAUUCAGAACCAGAUGCAGUCCAAGGGAGGCUACGGAGGCGGGAUGGCUGCAAACGUGCAGAUGCAGCUGGUGGACACGAAGGCCGGAUAGCACAGGGAGCCGCCCUCCCUGUCAUUGUGAAUUUUUGUAUUUUCUCUUUCCAUUAUUCUUUAAUUUUUUUGUCUUGUGAUUCCUUUUCUUUUCUUUUUUUUUAAAUUACAAAAAAGAAGUGUGAUGGCGUCUUGCUUACCCUCUUGCAAUUACCCCACUGAUGCGUUACCAUUCUGCUUUGAAGAAGCUGUGGCCUGAUGAAUACUGCGUUUUCUUCAGCUGGCAUGCAUGCCUUUGGACUCAUGGACAGAGUUCUUUGGAUUGUGGCUUAAUUUUUAGUUUUUAAAUCAAUAUGGAUCUGAUCUUAGCAUGAUCUUUUUCGUGAAUGCUAGCACCAUUUUGAGAUCUUUUUCCCAUUUUAAACAUUUCUCUUCCCACUUCCAGCCCUCCGCCUUAUGAUUGUCUUGGUAAGCAAGGAUCUACUAGUAUUUGCUAACCUGUCACCAUUUAUGUAUAUUUUGGAAGGUAUGAGACCCAUAAGCACAAUGGCCAUUUUUAUUCAUUUGAAACUUCAGCAGAGUAGAUCCCAGCAUGGCUUUAUGGAGUUGCAUUGUGUAGGAGCCCACAGAGUGCCAGAAAUGACAAUUUCUCUGCUCCCAUGGGCUGAUGAUACUGCUGCUAUUAGAUGGAGAAAGUUUAGCUGUGGCACCAAGUCCCACGGGUUUCACAGGAAAAGAUAACUUGUAGCUUAUUUAGAAGUAUGACUUUUUGGUCUAUUAGAUUAGAAUUGCAAUAAAAGAAAAGCUUGCAUUUAUAAGGCAUUCAUUCUGUUGUAAAUGUUCAGUAUAUUUAUUUUAAGAGCAAAGACCUGUGAUCUAAGAGCAAGCUGUAGUAUGUAUCUGAGCGUUGUGGUUAUAUUCUCACCCAGUCUGAUUCCGAGUGUUGCCCUCCUGUUAGCUGUUUAUUUCUUUGUGUACUCACUGUCUUUUGUUCUUGUUUUUAUUUUGUGUUUAAUAUUAUGGUAUCUGUUCCCAGCAGCAGUGUGUCCAACUUCCGGCCUGUAAUGCUAACUGCAGGCUUCCAGAGUCGUUGGCCUUUCUGUAGUCCACGUAUUCUGGGGGCCAUGGAAGUUGCCAAGAGCAACACACUUACCUGGCUGAAUCACUGCCAGUGAGCACAACACGUACAGUGACUUUUCGUGGUGUUGGUCAGAAGGCUUUGUUCAGGUUCCAAAAUCUCGUCAUCCUUCACAAAUUGUGAACAACGUAUUUUAGUAUUAUACCAUUUCAAAUAUUUCUGUAAAUGCUUCUCCUUCCCUUAACAUUACAACAUUUAAACCAUAUGUGUAAUUCAGCCAUGUCUAACUACAUUUGGUAGAUUAACAUUUCAUGCAGCAAACAGGGCUUAGUUGAAAACUUAUUUAGAGACUAUAAAGAAUUAGGUAAUUGAAUAAAGAAACAGCGAUUAUUUUCUCUUUUGCCUUCUUUUAUUUUUUCCUUUGCCCUCACCUCAGUCCCAGGUGCUUGUGAAGGUAGCUGAACAGAUAAGUUAGGUUGUAAACAAAACAUGAAAGCAUUUCUCAUCUUGUUAUUUUGAAGUUAAUUUGUCCAGUACUGUGAGCACAAAUUAUCCUUGUAGUUCUGUAGUUUGGGGCCUUCAUAGGUGUCAGGCCCAAGUGCAGAGAGACUCAAUCUAGGAAAAAUGUUUGGACUCUAAGAAGUCAUGUGAUUAGUAAUAAAAAUAGGUAUUUUGCCGUUGAUUAACCUCUAAACUUUAAUUCAUCUGUUGUCAUUAAUUCACUGUGUAGACAGUGUACUCUGACGUUCGCCUGAGUACCAUUGUUCUGCUCAGCCAGAAUCCCUUUCCUGCCACGGACACUGCUGUGUUCAAGGCCUUUAAAAGACAGAUUACGUUUUAUGGGCGUUGUCAGCACAGGUGCUAGUGAGUCUGCUCCUGGUUUGAUUUUAAGAUUAGCACAAGUUUUGCACUUAUCCCAUAACUCCUGGGAUGAUAGAAGGAGCUGUGGUCCCUUUUGCCCAAUUCAUGAUUUUACUCUUUUUUCCAAUCCACUAUCCUUUUUGCUCCUCCAAGGACCAAAAAAUAUACCAGUGAGCGUUGGAGUGUAUCUCCAGGGUAGGCCAAGGCUGGGCUCCUCAGCCUGUAACCAUUCUGCAGCUGCCAGGAUGCCGUGGGCACACAGUAACCACACUGCACACAAGAGCACAUGCCAGGGCUCCUGGGAGGGUACCAGUGAAUUCAAGAAAUAAGACUACGAAAAAGUGAUAGAAUAUUAACCUUGGGCAUACAUUUUUUAGGGAAGCUUGAGAAUAUUCAAGAGUGUGGAGAGAGGCAGCUUUCCCACAUUUGUAAAUUGGAUUGUAAAUCUCAGAGGGUCACUUACCCCCCAUAGCAAUGGAUCUCAUUUUCAAAUGGAAGCUAAUUAAAUAAAUAGUAUUUUCAACUCAGAAUUCAUUAGGUUGUUAAUAUUUUGCCAAAAUACAUGUUAACUGUUAAACAAGAGAAACCGAAUGAGGAUUUAACUAAUCAAAUGGGUUCUGUUAACAGUGACCUGCAUUCCGUAAAAGAGGUACUUUUCCAAGAUGCAGGCGCGAAGUGGUGCCAAUAAGCGUAAAGUGGAAGUGUUAAAACUGUAGUGAUUUGGGUUCGGCAUUUCUGAGGUAGCGUUAUCCCUGAACCUUUAAAAAUACCUUGUUGAGUACAUUAGCUUUCACAUUUGUUAUUAAAUUAUAGCAAUUUCACUAUAGAGUGCAGGUUUGCCUUGAUUUUGUUUAAAACGAGGUCUGCUCACACCCAGAAGAUAAAAUUGACAUAUUUUUAUAAUAUAAGCAUACUUUUUUGUACAUUGUGUUCAUUCUUGAAUAAAGUGAGUUCAGUGUUGGCUUGUAGAUAUUAAAAAGAAAGUAUUGAUUUUGAUUCAAUAAAUGUUUUCUUUCAA